ACACACAUUGUAUUAGUAUAUGCUCUCACUCUUUGACUCUCAAAAUUCCUCAAAUCAAUCAAACUCACACACACCUUUAUAAUAUAUUUCCUCCUACUAGCUCAAUUUUCUUGAUCCCCUUAAUUCAUUAAUCCCAAUAUCACUACUAUCUAAAUAAAUGUUCCAACAAAGACAUAACAAUAUUAGUAGUAGCGAGCUAGAUCAAAUGUUACAUAUGUUAUCUUCUCCUAAUUCUAAUAUCAUGCCAUUCCCAACAACCUCAAUGGACAAAUCAAAUUCAAAGUGGAAACCACACAUUGAAAUAGCUCCUAAUUGUCCUCGUUGCGCUUCAUCAAACACCAAAUUCUGUUACUACAACAAUUACAGCUUGUCCCAGCCACGGUAUUUUUGCAAAGGUUGUAGACGUUAUUGGACCAAAGGUGGCUCUCUUCGGAAUGUUCCUGUUGGUGGUGGCUGCCGCAAAAACCGUCGUGGAAAGGCGGUCAGAAAUUCUCAGACUGACCGUCUUUCCGCGAAUUAUGGCUCUGCUGACGAUGAAGAUCAUCAGCAAAACCAAAACAAUGGUUCCCGCGAUAUAGAUAUGGCUGUUGUUUUCGCCAAAUUCUUAAACCAAAAUCCAAAUAGUACUCAUCAUGGUGAUGAGGAAUUGGAAAUUGAGAGUGAGGUUAAUAAUAAUGGACUGUCUUCUUCUUCCAACAAUAUUAACAAUUUGUCAUCGACACCGGAAAGCGUUGAAACGGAGAAUGAUGCAGUGGUCCAGCCUCAUAAACCUUUUGAUGAGGUUCAGAAUUAUGGAGGUGAACAUGAGUUGAGUUUGAGUGGGAUUGAAUAUGAUCAGUUUGAAGGGUUUCUAGGUGUUGAUGAAGAUGUGGUACAAGAUGUUCUAUGGCCUGAUUCUAAUGCUAUGAAUAUGAUGAUGUCAUCUUCUUCCAAUAAUUAUACAUGGCAACAACCACCACCAAUGAUGCAAAUGGAGUUACCAGGAGAGUUGGAAUUGGAAUACUCAAUGCCAUUGCCAUUGCCCUUGAAUAAUGAGAAUGGUACUAUUAAUUCCAAUUCUACUACUAGUGUCAAUUUAAUAAGUGAAAGUUGGAAUUCUUGGGAUUCUUUUGAUCUUUCAACUAUGGAAGUCUUCUCUUCAAGUUCAAGACCUUAAUCAAUUGUUAAUUAGAUCUGAUUUUCCAGAUAUAUAGGUCAAAUAUUUUUCGUUUAUAUUAAUAUAUAUGUUGUAUUAUUCUUCUUAUUUAUUAUUUGACAGAGGAGAGCAAAAAUUACGAGAGAUAAUUAAAUACGGCUGCAUUCUAUCAUGAAGUGAAAGAUAGAAUGCUAGCUAUAGAAAUUAUUUAUAUUAAUGGAUAUAUAUACAUCGAAUAAAGUUUUGUGC